CGUGGACCUCAAACAUAAUGCCCAAAAGCGGGGAGACCACACCCCAAAUCCCGCCUAAGCCGCACCGCUGGACCCGGCAAGUGUCGGAUGUCCAGACCCAGACGACUCCCCAGGAAUCCUCCAGUGAUUUUGAACUUGACUCCGAGGGGGAUGAGUCUCUACAGGCGCCCUCGGACCAGAGCGGUUUCUACGUCUCCCACGAGGAGACGUCUCUGGGGGUGCCCUCGGACUUCAGGGAUGUCUCCUACGAACGCCGAAAGAAGAGACUGCGCCGCACUCUCAAGAAAUGCUGCUGCUGUGUGGAUCUCCGGGUGGGCUGCUGUUUCAUGGGGUUCUUUGAGCUGUGCUCCUCGGCGAUAUGCCUGGUGCUCGGUGAAAGUAAUUGGAUGCUGUAUAUAGGCCGUCUCGGAUAUAUGGCUUACCUCAUCGGAUCGGCCAUGCUGAUGGUUGGCACCUUUUUGGAAUGGCAGUGUCUCGUUAGGAUCUAUCUCUUCACGAACGUCGUGCAUCUCCUGCUGUGCCCCCUGUUCAUCCUGCAGCACGGCCUGAAAUCCUGUUUUUAUUGCUAUUACGAAAUCGUUGUCCUUUCUUUUCUUCUACUACUCGGUCUGUAUUUUGGGCUGGUGGCCUACUCCUACCUGUUGCAGAUCCAGUGGCACCAUUCCCGCUUCUACAUGCCGCAUGGCAGGAUUGCAAGGAACGGCAUACGGAGGAGCCGAAGGGAGGAUAUUGAGGGAGUGCAGCCGGCCGUUGAGAGCCAGGAACAGGAACAGGAACAGGAACAAGCACGGCAACUGAGCCAGCAGCACAGCCAAAGCGAUAUGGAUCCUUCCAAUGAGCAACAGUCAGUGUUGUAA